GCAUUCUGGCAUCUUUGUUUCCCCAUAGGUUUGAAUCGUCAAAUUUCUACGUUACGUAUUUACAGCAGGCGAGUGUUUCGUUUUAUAUUUCGAAUUCGAGUUAAUAGAAAAAAAUUGGACUAAACUGCAUAAGAUGUGUAGAGCUAAAUGAUGGCUUCAAAUAAUUUUGCAAAAUCAAAUAAACACUUGAAAAGCGUUUCUGCAGCUCAAAAUCAGAGUGACGAUGUUCAUGAAAAUCAAUAUUUCUACGAGGACGAAAUCUUCUGCAUUGAUAACCGGGGUCGUGUAAAAUUCGGCUUGGUGCUAGAAAAUUUCGAGGUUAGCGAAGAGGAAGGUUUCGAAGAAGAUGCACUGAAAAGAGGCGAAAUCCGUGCUUGCUGGCAUCCUGAUGGUCUCGAAGAAAUAGUUGAGCAACAUAAGGUUGGUCUAGCCGAUCGAACUCUUAUGCCAGGAGAUGUUGUGCGAAAGAUAGUUCCCGGAAAACAUACACAACGAGGUUACUGUCAUGAAAUAUUUGUUAGAGCAGAUGUUAAGAUUGCUGGUACUAAAUAUGUAGUGAAGAAUGUUCCUUCUGACCGCCUUCGUCCGUUGAUGUCAAUGCCAAAGGAUAAUGCUGUUUGUUUGGAUUCUUGGGUCGGAAGCACAAGAAACGUCAACGAAAAAUUAAUAUUGAAGUCACAAUGUGGAUCACUCGUGGAAAUUCGCCCGGAUAUAGAAUACUGUACCCUUAAAGACAGUGAUACACGAUCACGAUGUGGCUAUUUCGCGGGUACUUUGUUUUAUCCUGGGCAAACUUUAGUUGGUCCAAUAAGUGAUUUGGAGAAUGCAAAAUGGAUCAAUACUUCUGCAGAAAUGAAAUUGAAUAGGAAGCACAAAAUGAUAGAUCGGAAGUUUACUGUUCAGUCGGUUGAAAUUGAAGGUGUUUGGGUUCAUUGGCAAUGCAAAGCAUCAUGUGAUGAUAUUGAUGCAGAAAUGAAAGAGGGUGGUAUACAGCAGCCACCGGACUAUGUAACUGGAGAAAAUUUAAAAAGAUUAAGGAAAUUGAAUUUGUUCGAAUCCUGUAUGUUGCAAAUUAACGACAAAAAUUAUUUAAAAAUCCAGCCUGGUGAUUCCUUUUGUAGAAAAAGUCAAUGGAGAAAAGAGAUAAGCUCAAGAUUUGUAAAGAUAAUGAAUAACGGCGGAUUUGAGCAAGAAAACGUGUUCUGUGAUACUGAAGACCAUCAAAUUAAUGUUACCAAUAAUACGCUUGAGAAUAUUCCACGAGAGAAAGCGGAGUCGGAUAGUGGAAAGUUGUGCCCAACUGCUCACAAGGAAGUAUCAAAGUGUGGCAAACUUCGACGAAACUCGGCAAGGUGCAAUACUUCACCGACAGCGUCAGUUUCUGCUGCUUGCAAGCUGGCUGAUAGUGAUGAAUGGCAAACUGAUUUAGAAGACGAGGAAGACGACGAGGUCGAAGAUUGUGAGCCGACUGUUUCCGAUGGGGGAGGUAGUGCUAUUUCCUCAUCAUGCUCAAGUACUGCCACCUCAAAAAGUAGUCCCAAAAAGUCACCACUGUUGGCCAAUAAGAUUCGAAAAUUACGAAAAAGGGCAACAUCUACUAUUACAAGUGCAGAUAAGAUUCCUUCCGUUGGAGAUGAGUUAAUAACAGAAACCUUAGUUGUGUAUAGUACCGCCACAGUCGUGUGGCAAGAUGGUACGAUUGAAUUUGACAUUCCGUCCACAGAUUUGUGUCCGAUUCAUCAUCUCGAUGAUCAUGAAUUUUUUCCUGGUGAUUUCGUAUUAUCUGGAAACACUGAUAUAUCACAAAACCCGUUGUUCCGAGAUUACGGUGUGAUUCAAAAUGUAGAUCAUCACGGACGUACGGCAAAAGUUAAAUGGUUCAGUACUUACACUUGCCUCGAUGAACCUCAACCAAUAUACAACGGUGAAUCGGAGGUCAGCGUAUAUGAUUUGAAAGAUCAUCCUGAUUUUCAGUAUCGACCAGGUACUAUUGUCAUCCGGGUUGCGAAUUUUAUUGGUAAUGGUUCGAAAUGUAAUGCUGGUCAGGUUAUCGACAACUACCCAAAUGGAAUGGUGAAAGUUUGGUGGGUUGAUGGCCAUGUGAGUAUGUGUUGGCCGCAAGAUAUUUUUGAAGUUGGGCAAUAUGAUUCAGACAACAACUUUUGGGGAAAUGAAUCGGACAACAACUCAUGGGAAACUGAAGAUGAAAUAUCAGAGCUUGGCGGUAUUUCUCCUCAGCGAGUGUCAAAACCAAAACUAGCAGCUAAUCUGGAACGAGCAAGAGUAGCGAUGGCACGUUUGGAAGAACUGUUUAUAAUUAAUCCACAUCUUCAAAACCAAGAGAUUAUGAAAAAACUUUUGAUGGUAUACAAAAAAUGUCGUUAUUUGGAUAGACUUAUGAAUACAUCAUUUUUUCACGAAGACCAUUUUAUGGGUUUGGUAGAACGAGUACGCAAAUCAAAUAACCAAACCACUUCGGAACGAGCAUUAGAUCAAAAAAUCAGGUUGUUCAAUCACAGUGGUUCGAAAACCAUUACUCCCACGGCGGAUAGUCCAGUCAUCGAUCCAAAACUUUCAUCUAAUAGUAAUCAUAGUCUCUCGUCCAGUGGUGGAAAUAGUGUCGGAACAUCAUCGAAAAAAUGUUUUUCAACACCAAAGCAGUCCAGCAAAAAUGAAGCGUCGUCUUUCAAGUUCACUACAGGACACAAUAUUUCAACAUCUUCGGAUAUUUCUAGUAUAGAAGAAAAUGCCACGGGUAUGGCUGUUCAGAAUAUCAUUUCUUCCGGUUGCGCUGCUGAAGACUCUGGAAAUUUUUCGAUCAAAAGUGAUAUAAAUUGCAAACAGAGCAGUACCGAUAAUGGUAGAGAUUUGUUACUAAAUGCAGAGCUAGAUAAAGUGAACUAUGUUUACAUGAAUAUUUGUGAAGAUAUGAAUAAUACUAGCUCAGUUUUCAGUUUUCCAACACAAACAGAUAAUGUUUCUGCAAAGCUCUGUUCACUUAUUAAAGCACAAUUAGUGAAGGCGCUACAAGAGAUAAAUCAGCGUUUUGGCCACGAUGAUAUUUUUAAAGAGAUCGUUAUCGAAGAAAUGCUUCUUUCAACUCCACCAUUUGGAUCACGUCCGGUUUCCUCAACACCGUCUCAAGUGGAUACGGUAAAUGAUACACCUAUUUCAAAUCAGAAAAAGCAAGAUGCGAUGGACGGUUCGAACUGUACGCCGGAUUUUAGUUAUGAAUUUAUUUUUGUCGAAAACUUUCAUGUUCUGGAAACAGCACCUAGUACUCAUAAAUAUCAUUUGACGGUAUUCCAAACAAGUAAUGCACAAAGUUUCUACAAAGCCGUACAACGGGAGCAUAAGUUGCUGAGAACUGCCUUACCACCUGGUGUAUGGGUACGCACGUUUGAGGAUCGUUUGGACUUGUUCAGCGUAAUGAUUGAAGGACCUAGGAAAACUCCUUACGAAGGUGGUCUAUUUCUAUUUGAUAUCCAGCUUGGGCAGGACUAUCCUAGCGUCCCUCCAUUGUGCCAUUACAUAAGCUAUUGUUCAGAUCGAUUGAAUCCAAAUCUUUAUGAAGACGGUAAGGUGUGUGUUUCACUAUUGGGAACCUGGUCCGGUAAAGGAACUGAAAUGUGGGGUCCAAACAGCACUCUUCUACAAGUGAUAGUCUCCAUUCAAGGUUUAAUUCUGGUGGACGAACCUUAUUUUAACGAAGCUGGAUAUGAAAAGCAGAGAGGUUCUCAACAGGGAAAAGAAAAUUCGCGCAUGUACAAUGAAAUGGUGAUAUUGAAGCUUGUACAGUCGAUGUCAAAAAUGAUUGCAAAUCCGCCAGAAAUUUUCAACACUCAAAUCAUGGCUCAUUUUCGUGAACAUGGCUUCUCUAUGCAUCAUAGAAUCAAAAGUUGGAUGGAUAUAUCGAAUGAAGCUAAUCGAAAUGUGAAUAAUGAAUCGUCUACAUCAACUUCGCCUGGCAAGGCAAGUAGUUUGGAAGCAGUCAAUGUGUCAACACAUCCGAUCAUUCUACCGGAGUUUCCAUUAAUUCCAGCUAGUCGUGGAUUUUGCCUCACCCUGAUUGGUUUGUUGAAAAAAUUUAAAGAGAUAAUAGAUUCAAUUGGCAGCGAGUAAACAUAAGUAGGAACCUCUAUCCCACCGCAUUUAUGCCUAGUUGAAAUAAUUAGUUUUAUUUUUUAUUAACGAUAUUUUUUAUGUUGAAUAAUUCUAAAACAACAUGUAUUUUUUAUGAUCUCAAAAUAUUUAUUGCAGCUCUUUGUUUUGUUGCCAUUGAAUAGGAUAUUUUCAAAACAUAGAACAAAGCGCGCCUUUUAAAAAUGGCAUAUUAGAAUAGCCUGUGCGUAACGCAAGUAAUUCUACUUUUGAUAACAAAUAAAGUUAGGAUUUUCAAGAAUCAAGAACGCUCGGCUUAUAUUUAUACUGAUCAAAUCUUGUUCCUUAUUAUUUAAAUCAGGUUCCGAGCAACUUAAACUAUUAAUGCAAAGUGCUGUGCCUGUAUUGAAAUCAAUUACAUAUUUGAAAUAUUCAAACAUAAACAGUGAGAUACAUAUUAUGAUAUUCGUAUAGGAUUAUUUUUAAUAGAAACAAUUUUGCGCCUUUAAAAAACUAGAGUCUAAAAAUGCUUUGAAAAAUAAGAGCACCAAUAACACAUAAUUAAUAUUUGUUUUGUGCAAAAGCAAGACUUUAAAUUUUAUUAUAUUUUUUUAUAUUUGAAGAAAGUCAGCGAAUCAUUCGUACCUAUUUUUUUAAAUUUAAUUCGGGUUUUAUAAAAAUAUCUCAUUCGAAAUGGUUUUUAGUUACUACAUGACUACUUUGUAAAUUAAUAAUUUUAUAUGACAUCUCACGCAGAUCUUCCCUGCGAAAUUUUAUACAGACAAAAUGGCUUCAAUUUAACAUUUCAAACAAUAGCAUAAUACCAAAGAAAAAUUAAACUAUACCAGGCUUAUCUUAGUGUUAAAUUACAUAAGUAGGUGCUAACAAAAGGUCCUACAGCUGCCCAAUCAUUGUUAUAACCAAAUAAGUUCUGAGUUGCCUACAGUCGCAAAUAAUGUAGGUACGUAGUCCUAACCACAUUUCACACUAUUUUGAAGUUUUAGAUAAUAGCUGUAAAAAAGUAAAUUUCUUUCUUGCAAUUUAAUGUUAGCCAUGUUUUGCAAAAGCAAGUCGACUGCGAAAGAAUCAAGUUUUAAUGAAUCCAUGAGUAGUCCAUGCAUUAAAGAUGAAAAGUUAGGGAAAACUGGAAUUUCCGAAUUGCUCUGGCAUACAUUGUUCACUGUUAAAAACUAUUGAAAUAACAUAAUAUUUAGUAUGUACUUACUUAAAAAUAAAAAUUAGCGAAAUGCACAAUAACAAA